UACACACUCUUUACACUAGCCACCCUCCUAAUCAUAAUUUCUAGUAACACUACAAGAUGGCAUCUACGUUCUUCAACUGGGCCAAGAGCCCUGCGGCUAGGGAAUACUUUUUCAGCACCAACUUCUGGGGCCCAGUGGCCAACUGGGGUCUCCCCAUCGCCGCCAUAAGCGAUAUCAGGAAAGAUCCGGAGAUGAUCUCGGGGGUGAUGAGUCCUACUAUGGCUGGGUAUUCGUUGAUCUUCAUGAGGUUCGCUUGGAGAGUCAUCCCCCGAAACUACCUCCUCUUCGCCUGUCACGCCACCAACGCCACGGCCCAGUUGAUACAAUGCGGACGAUGGGCUCAGUAUUGGAAGUUUGGGGGCAGGGAGCAGGCCAAGGGGAUCGCUGCCAAGGCGGAGGACGCCGCUUCAUCAGUGACCGCGGCCGCCAAGCAAGUCUCGAACAAGGUCAAGAACGCCUAGAUCCUAAAACCAUAUCCAUAAUGGAAUUCAAUUCGAGACUCUGAUGUCCCACAACCGGACAUAGGGUCAUUAUCUGUACCUUCCUUCCAUGAUUCGAUGAUACACAAAUUACGUCCACCGGAAAA